UACGAAUGAGCUAAUUAACAAUAACAAGUGAAAAAAAAUAUAUGAAAACAUGUGUGAUUCAUAGAUAAUAUUGUUUAUUUUUGAUUAAAAAUUGUUUACAAAUUAUUCAUAUAUUUUUUUAUAGUAAAAAACUUUCAAGUGUACCAAGAACCAAGUGUUUGUAAAUAAAAAUAAAUUUUAUUUUUCUUUAAAUAGAUGAACAAUGGAUAAAGCAAAAUUACCUGAAAAUUGGAUUGUUAAGCAAUCCAAAAAUUAUCCAGAUCAUGUUUACUAUUUUAAUGUUAAAACACACAAAACAACCUGGGUUAAUCCAAAUAAAGCUGCUGAUGAUGAGCAUGUAAAUGAAGAUGAUGAAGAUACUGAACCACCAUCAUCUCCACCACUUGUAACAACAAGUACUCCAAAUCGUCCAAAAUUACGAGCAAAACGUCAACUGUCAUCAUCAUCAUCAUCAGUUGAUGAAACUGUUAACAAAAAAUCAAAUGAUACACCACAAAUGAUUGCACUACGUAAAAAAUUAGCAGAAAAACAAUCAAAAACAACAAAAAAUCCAAUGAAAAAAAGUAAAAUAACCAUGGAUCUAAAAACGAAUGACAAAAAAAUUGAUAAAGUCUUGGAAAAAAAUGAUGAAAAGAUAAUUAAAAAUAAUUCAAGACAAUCAUUAACACCACAAAUGAAAUUAAUGCAAGAAAAACUUGAUGCAAGAAGAUCACUACAAAUUAAAAAUAAUAAAAAACAAACAGUUGUUCCAGUUGAAUCUCCAUCAAUUAAAAAAACCAUACCUGAACCUGAAAAUAAUCAACGAACAACAAGGUUAAGAUCAAGAUCAUUACUUCCAAUUAUUAACAAAUCACCUGAUAAAAAUUCCGAGACAACUGAAACAUCUAAAAAAACUGCAUUAAAAAGACCACGUGAUGAUUCAGAUGAUGAUGAAGAAACUGAAAAAAAUUAUCCAAUAAAUAAUACAAAAAUAACAAGAAAAAGUUUACCACAAGUAGAAAAAAAAACUAAAGCAAAUGAUAGAUUAAAAAGAUUAAGAAAAAGUUUAAAUGAAGAAAUUAAUGAAAUGGAUACAACUGAUGCUGCUGAAAAAUCAAAAGACAGUAUAAAAUUAAAAGAUCAUGAAAAAAUAAUGAACACAAAACCAGCAAGUGUUGAAAAAAAUGGUCUACAACGUAUAAGAGAACAAGCAAAAAAUCAGCAGAAUGAAUCACGAAAAGAAUUACAAUUAAAAAAAGCAUCAAAAUAUGAUGAAGAUAAUUUACAAGCAAGUGGUUCAAUGGAUCCAAAGUUAGAAACAAUUGUUGAAUCACCAGAUAUAUAUUAUGAAAAAAUGGAUUGGGAACCAGUUGAAGAUGAAGAAAUAAUAACUGAAGUUGAAGCUGUUAGAAAUGAAUUGGGUACUGAAGAAACGGAUAUUCAUAUGAAUGAUAUAAUUGAAAAUUCACUUGAUUUAACAGAUGGUACAACAAAUAACUUACAUGAAAAGAAACUUUAUAUUGUUAUUGAUACAAAUGUUUAUUUAUCAAGUUUAUCAACAAUAACUAGUGCACGUGAUGCUGAAUUUCGUAAUUAUGGACGUCCAAUUGUCGUUGUACCAUGGACAGUAUUACGUGAGUUGGAUUAUAUUAAAGAUGAUAAAAAAAAUACACGUAGUGAAACACUUAAAUAUAAAGCAAGACAAGCUGUUAGUUUUCUUAAUAAACAUUUUUCACAUAAACAUCCACGUAUACUUGGUCAAACACCAAAUGACGUUGCUAAUAAUCGUCAAAAAUUUUCAACAAGUUGUCCAGAUGAUGAAAUACUACAAACAUGUUUACAAAUACGUGAAAAAAAUAAUUGUGUUGUUCUAUUAUCAUAUGAUAAAAAUCUUUGUAAUAAAGCAAUGAUACAUGAUAUUGUUACACUUGGUAAAAAUGAUCCAUUAGAAAAAAUUGAUUAUAUUAAUAUUUGUGAUGCACAAGAUGAAUCAUUAUUAUCAGCAAGUUUAAAUAAUUCUUAUAAUGAAAGACUUGAUGUUACAAUAACAGCUAUACAAAAAGAACUAAUACUUGCUGGUGAAAUAUAUGAUGAAAUACAAGAAAUAUUAACUGAAUUUUUAACAGUUAUUGUUACAAAUGAAUUGAAAAAUUUAUAUAAUCAUCAUUGGGAAAAAUAUGUUUUAAUAAAACCACCAUGGACAAUAAAUACUGUAUUAAAAUGUGCAAUUAAACAUUGGAUUGCUGCUGUUAAUGAAUCAUUUAUACGUAAAGGUGAAAAUAUAAUAAAAGAACUUUAUGAUAUUGUUACAAAAUUAGAAUGUAAAAAGUUAAAUGAUGUUGAAUAUUUUAUUGAACUUGUAUGGAAAUUAAUGCAGUGUCUUCAAGAAAAAAAAUAUCCAAAUUUUCUUAUAAAUAUAUCAAAAAAAAUUGAUGAAAUAAGAGAUAAAUGUAAAGAUGCUUGUGCAAAAAUUAAUCAACAAAUAUUAAUUGAAGAAAUUGGAUAUGAAAAAGAUGAAGAUAAAGCUGAAAAUCGUGCUAAUGCUGCGUUUCAACAUUUUGAAAAAGUUUAUCAAUAUGCACGUGAUAUUUGUGGUGCUGCUUGUGAAAAUAUGGAAAUGCCAUGUUCAAUACCAUAUCAACAAUUAAAUCCCCCAUUAUCACCAGUUGAAAUACGAUAUCGUCAGCCAGAAGUUGCUGCACAAAUUGUCCGGCUUCUUCAUAUACUUGGAACAGCAUUGGAGGAUGUCAAGGGACUUAAUCCAGCUCAUAAUUCAGUAAUGUCACUUUAUCAUGCACUUGAAUCAUUUUAUUCAAUUGCACUUGAAGGUAAUAAUGAUGUUAUAACACCUCUUGAUGUCUACUGUUGUCUUACAAGAAGAGAAAAAAAUUUACGUGCUGGUAUCAAACAAUUAUCUGAUUUGAGCUUACAUUUUUCACGUAUGCCAAGUUACAAAUGCAAGUGAGUAUUAUUUAAUAAAUUUACUAAUGAAAAAAAA